AUGAAGUUUUUCCUACAACUUUUGUCCUUCGGUCUCCUGGCCACCUCGGUCUCAGCUGUUCCCACUGUCGAAGAGCGCCAAUCAACUCGUUACUCACUGACAGUUUCCACAAAAGGCAAUGCUGUUCUAAACGGUCAAACCCUGGAGGUUGUCAACUCUGUCCUAGGAGUCUACCCUGGCAAACAGACUGCCGCUCAGGUCUACCCUGUCGCCAACCCUACGAAGCCAGGUCUCUUCUCCCUGCACACAUUGCCAAUUGGCAUAGUCGACCACGUCCUCGCUUUGCAGGGCAGCAACGGCUUCUUCACCCUUGUGGAUACCGUUAACCCGGCUGGAAACACCGCUGUGUCGAACAUUGACACUUUUAUUCUGAAGAAUGGCAAGGUUACUCAGAACAUCCCUGGUGGCUGGUUUGCUUUCCCCUCCAGCACUGGGUGGUCAGUCAAUUACUACGAUGGUACUAGCAUUGUUACACAAGACUACGUGGCCGUGGACAUUCUGUACAAGAAGCUUAGCACGUACUGA